CCUCACCACUCGCCAUUUUGAGCCGCAAGUCUCGAGCUUUCCUUCCUUUGCUCUCGACACAACAAUGGCCUCAGCAGCAAAGAAGAAGCUCGUAGUCUGCGGCGGCAAUGGCUUCCUCGGAAGCCGCAUCUGCCGCGCCGCCAUCCAACGCGGCUGGGCCGUAACCUCCAUCUCGCGCUCCGGGCAGCCCACCUGGUCCGCCGUAACCUCCUCGCCCACGGCCCCCUCCUGGUCGACCUCCGUGUCCUGGGAAAAAGGCGACAUCCUCGACCCCUCCACAUACACCGCGCACCUCGCCUCCGCCACCGCCGUAAUCCACACCAUGGGCAUCCUCCUCGAAGCAGACUACAAGGGCGUCGUGUCCGGCCGCGAGUCCCCCAUCUCCGGGCUGCAGCGCGCAUUCAGCGCGACGAAGGCGGGCACGCAGAACCCGUUUGAGCGGAAAGAGGGGGAGGUGUUGAAGCCGCAGGAGAAAGACGGGCAGUUGACGUACGAGGUUAUGAAUCGGGAUAGUGCGGUGAGUCUGGCGAAGGAGGCCGAGGGCAAGGGCGUCGGGACGUAUUUGUAUGUGAGUGCGGCGGCGGGGGCGCCUGUGCUGCCGAAACGGUAUAUCACGACGAAGAGGGAGGCCGAGGAUAUUAUCGGGAGCAGGUUUCCUGGCAUGCGGAGUGUGUUCAUCCGGGCGCCGUUCAUGUACGAUUCGAGCCGGACGUUUACGCUGCCGAUCGCGGCGGCGGGGGGUGUCGCGGCGAUGGUGAAUAGUGCUGUGGGGGGGCGGUUGACUUGGUUGAUGGGUGCGGGCGGGAUUAAGCCGCUCAAGGCAGAUACGGUUGCGGAUGCGAUUGUGGAGGCGCUGGAGGAUGAGGAGGUUAAGGGGCCGGUCGAGGUGGGGGAAAUUGAGAAGCUGGCCACGAGGGCCUGGAGGAAGAACAUGUUGUAGGGUAUCAAAGACAGGAGUUUGGGGAAUGUACGAUGAUGGUUGUAGAUAUAGGCUUUCGACUCGGCGUCAAGCAUUGC